AUGGCGGCUCCCCGAAAGAGCGCCGCGCCGGCCCGCACGGGGUUUCCACCCGCGCCGGAGGAGGGGCGGGCGGCGCGGCGGGACUACGGCUCCCGGCGCGCCCCGCCGCCGCCAGCCGCGCUGGGACCUGCUGGGAGCCGUAGUCCCGCCCGCGGGGCGUCAUGGGAGCCGUCGGCGCUGCAGCGUGAAGUCUCAGAAAUCGGUGUCCUCGUCUCGGUCCAGCUCUGUGGAGGCUGUUUAAAAACAUGUUACAGCCGCCUUGCCACCUGCGGAUCCCCCAAGAUCAAUGCCAAAUUUAUCUGGGUUUGUAGGGAAAAUAUUUUUAGAAUUAGAAAAGCCCUAGGUGAUUACAAGCUCUGUAAUCUGAGUCCACAACUCUAUUAUACUAUAGGAAAAGAGCAAUGGAGCUUGAAGACAAGCCUGAGUGUAGAAGAAUCACUCAGCUUGGAUUCUCUUUCUAAACAUCUCGCUCAGCUCUUGAUGUCCCUAGUAAAAAGGCUGAAGAUUCACUUGAGUAUUUUGAAAGUUUCAGUGAAUUACUUUCCGAAUUCCGCCAUAACUCUGGAAGCAAUCAAAUGUGCAUUGUCUGAAAAGCAAUUAAAUCUAGUAACACAUUGGGUUACACAGCAAAGGUUAACCUUUUCUGAGGCAGUAGGAGAUAGUAUUUAUGACUCUGAGAAAGUGGAAUCAAGCAAUGAGUCAAAAUGCCUGGCUUUGGCUCAGGUCACGUAUGGUCAGUCUGGCACACACAAAAAAGUUGCUCUGUGCCUAUGUAUACAGAGCCGAAUUUCUGGAGCAAUGGAUUAUAUUCAGCAACUGGAGCAUUUUUUUUCAGAUGAUUACUUCUUUCUGUUGCAAAACUGUCCUAGCACUGCAUUAAUUCGCUGUUUCAGUCAACAGUGGCUUAGAAAACCACCAUUUUCAUCUGUGGGGACUACAAUCCUGUCUUUUAUCUCAGCCAAUCACAAAAAGCAUGGUUUUGAGCUAUUGGAGGAAAUGAGCAAGAAAAAUGCAUUGGAACAGGUUAUUCUAAAUGAUACCGUCUGUACUUUGGAAGACUGGAAUAAGAUAGCAGUUGCUUGUGCAGAAAAUAAGCAUGAAAAGUUAUCUCAGAAAAUCGUGUCGAUUCUCACCUCACAGGAUGGAGUGUUUGAAAAUUCGCCACUUGAAGAUGAAAAAGAUGCAAAGAUCAUGGAACAUGUUUUCUGGAGCUCUGUGCCUCUCUGCAUCAGCUUCCACUAUGCGGAGAGUUCAAAAGGAAGGAGAAUAUCCAGUGGGAGCCUUUGGAGAGCAGGGAGACUGUCCACGGACUUACUGUCUUUCAAUCAGGUUCAGCUACAUAGACUACAUACACAGGCUAAACAAAGGAGACAACGAAGAGUGCCAAAAGAGCAAGAUGAAAGUUCCUGA